CCAUAUUAUUUCAUUUAGCCCCUUGGAAUUCCUCCAUUUUACAAAUACAUCCCUCACCAAUCUCAUUUCUAUACAUAUCAUCAUCGUUUCCUCCAAACUCAGAAGCCCAAAACACACGAAGCAAAGCUGCCUCGUCUGUGUCACUGACAGAUGGGGUCCAUGGAGCAGCAGCAGCCGGAGUCGGCGGCGCCGGCGACGGAGGCGUCGCCGGAGAUCAUCUUCCGGUCGAAGCUGCAAGACAUCGCCAUCACCAACACCCUCCCGCUCCACCGCUACUGCUUCGAGCGGCUCCCGGAGGUGGCGGCGCGCCCAUGCCUCAUCGACGGAGCCACCGGCGGCGUGCUCACCUACGCCGACGUCGACCGCCUGUCCCGCCGCCUCGCCGCCGCGCUCCGCCGCGCGCCGCUGGGGCUCCGGCGGGGCGGCGUCGUGAUGAGCCUGCUGCGGAACUCGCCGGAGUUCGUGCUGUCCUUCUUCGCCGCGUCGCGCGUCGGCGCCGCGGUGACCACGGCGAACCCAAUGUCCACCCCGCACGAGAUCGAGAGCCAGCUCGCCGCCGCCGGCGCCACCGUCGUCAUCACCGAGUCCAUGGCCGCCGACAAGCUCCCCUCCCACUCCCACGGCGCCCUCACCGUCGUCCUCAUCGACGAGCGCCGCGACGGCUGCCUCCACUUCUGGGACGACCUCAUGUCGGAGGACGAAGCGUCGCCGCUCGCCGGCGACGAGGACGACGAGAAGGUGUUCGACCCGGACGACGUGGUGGCGCUGCCGUACUCGUCGGGGACGACGGGUCUCCCCAAGGGGGUGAUGCUAACGCACCGGAGCCUGAGCACGAGCGUGGCGCAGCAGGUCGACGGCGAGAACCCAAACAUCGGGCUCCACGCCGGCGACGUGAUCCUGUGCGCGCUGCCCAUGUUCCACAUCUACUCGCUCAACACCAUCAUGAUGUGCGGCCUCCGCGUCGGCGCCGCCAUCGUCGUCAUGCGCCGCUUCGACCUCGCCGCCAUGAUGGACCUCGUCGAGCGCCACCGCGUCACCAUCGCGCCGCUCGUGCCGCCCAUCGUCGUGGCCGUGGCCAAGAGCGAGGCGGCGGCGGCGCGAGACCUCUCGUCGGUGCGGAUGGUGCUCUCCGGCGCGGCGCCCAUGGGCAAGGACAUCGAGGACGCGUUCAUGGCCAAGCUCCCCGGCGCCGUGCUCGGACAGGGGUAUGGAAUGACUGAGGCAGGGCCAGUGCUGUCAAUGUGCCUAGCAUUCGCCAAGGAGCCCUUCAAGGUGAAGUCCGGUGCGUGCGGGACGGUGGUGCGCAACGCCGAGCUGAAGAUCAUCGACCCCGACACCGGGAAGUCGCUUGGCCGGAACCUGCCCGGCGAGAUCUGCAUCAGGGGGCAACAGAUCAUGAAAGGUUACCUGAACAACCCAGAGGCCACGAAGAACACCAUUGAUGCAGAAGGGUGGCUGCACACCGGCGACAUCGGCUACGUCGACGACGACGACGAGAUCUUCAUCGUGGAUAGGCUCAAGGAGAUCAUCAAAUACAGGGGCUUCCAGGUAGCCCCUGCAGAGCUGGAGGCCCUUCUCAUCACCCAUCCAAGCAUUGCUGAUGCUGCUGUUGUUGGGAAACAAAUUGAGCCUGAAAUCGGAGAAAUACCAGUCGCCUUCGUGGCGAAAACCGAAGGGAGUGAGCUGAGUGAAGAUGAUGUCAAACAAUUCGUAGCAAAGGAGGUGAUCUACUACAAGAAGAUCCGGGAGGUCUUCUUCGUUGACAAAAUCCCCAAGGCGCCGUCAGGGAAGAUCCUGAGAAAGGAACUGAGGAAGCAGCUGCAACAUCUUCAACAAGAAGCUUAAUUUACAACCGGCCUCAGACAUGAAAAGAAUUUAGCAUGAACAAGCAAGUUCCAUGAUUCUAAUGUUGCAAAUUACACAUUCUGUUCUGAAUAGUUUGUGUCUUCCAUUUAUAUGUGAUGGGGGAAAAAAACCCAGGUACAAAUGGAUUCUGUGCAAUACAAAGGGUGGUGUUACCGUGUUAGGUCGGCUAGGUUUGCUCAUUUGCAGAGAGACAGGACACUGGGGAAGCCAUGUACAAAAAUGUUCAGACCUGUUUAUUGUUCUUGCUGGUGUCUUUGUAAUAUUUUGUUUAAACAUUUAUAUCAUUCAUUAUUAUUGUUACUACUACUGUUAGAGAAGGGGCGAGAAUUCUAUCUAUAUAGAAAGUCUUUUUUUUA